AUGAAUUUAUUUUGCUUUAUUUAUUUAGGUAAAAUAGUUUCUUAUCUAAAAGCAGUUCCUAUUUGGCAAUUGCAAAAGCGAACAAAUUCUGACUGUGCAGUUGUCUUCCACCUCUCAAUUCUCAAAAAUUAAAUAAAUAAACAAAACCCUCCUGGAAGAUCCUUCAUGUCAGGCUAUCUGACGAUAAAGAUGUUCUCUGUGGCUAUGCGGCUGUUUCCCUUAUUUGGAUCGUGCAGCGGGAGCAUUGUUGUGGGAUUGCAGGAUGUCCUCAGGAAGAACCCAGCGUUCCAGUGCAGUGGGACCCACCAAGCCGCCCCUCUUGUGCACUCGGAGGCACGCCAGACCCAGCCACACAACACCCCACACCAUGCCCAGCCGCACUCCCCGCCCAGGUCCUGCUGGAAAGCAGUGAACAGUCGCGUUCCUCUGCCGUUCAUGCCUCAUCUGACUACUCAACAAACCCGACCUGUGGAACUAGGAACUGGCAAAGUGGAAGUCGUUUCUUUUUUUUCUCUGUCACCGGCUUUCUUCUUGAGUCAGGGGAAAAAGUGGAAGUGGAGGACGCCUCGACAAGGCGAGGACACGGAAGAUAGCGAGGUUCGAGGUGGAGCAGCACUUUCUUUUUGUCCGCUUUUUGCUCGCUGGAUCCGGCCGUGUGAGGCACCGUUCUCGAGGCCGAAGCGAAGAGUUUGGGUUUGCACGGUCGUGGUGAAAGUUGUGCCCGUCUCGUGAGCCUUUUCCAUGUGCGUUUUGGGGUCUGAAAGUGCGCGAGGGUUUCCUGUGAAGGGGGAGCCAGCUCUGAGACAGGAAGCAUCUCUGUGAGUGCGGCAUAAACUUCAAGGACGUGAACAAAGAAAACAGGGGCGCUAUUUUUAGCGAGAUAUUCAGAUCGAUCGACACUUUGGCGUUCACUUUUGGCAAUGUAGUGUCUGAUUUCCUUAUGGGAGAUGUGGACAGUGACUGCAGGGGGGGUCUCCACCAGGAUGGACGAAGCCGGUCGUUUGAGAACUUGUCUGGAGAUUCAGGAGGCUACAGUGAUGAGAAAGAUGCCCUGGCAGUGUCUGUACUUAAAGAACCAGCCUCGUCAUUGUCUCCAGAGUUGACAUCUGUGGAGAAGGUAGACCAGGCCCUGCUGAGGAAUGACACCGGGGUAGAGUCGGCUUUGCUCUAUGCCAAGGCCCUGUCCAGGUACACCAAAGACAUGCUGGCUUGGGUGGAGAAGCGCCUCAACCUGGAUAUGGAGUGUGCCAAAAGCUUUGCCAAGAUGGCAGAGUCAGCUAAGGCAGUAGCAAGUCAGCAGGACUACAUGCCGUUCAGGGACAUUUAUGUGUCCGCUUUCAAGAAUGAGAUUGAGUACAAUCAGGUGCUCCUCCAGACAGCUGCAGCUCUCCAAACCAACCGAUUCAUACAGCCUUUGCAGGCACGCAAGAAUGAACUGGACAAGAUGAGGAAGGAGAUGAAGGAGCAGUGGCAGAGGGAGCAGAAGAAAAUGCAUUGGCUGAAGCGAAGUGUGUUUGUGUAUGCGCCGGAGCAGAGUGAAGCUGACAGUGCCGCGCGGAAAGCUCGUCUCCUGCAGACUCAGCGAAGGGAGGAGUAUGAAAAGGCUCGCAGCUCAAGCAGCCGCAUGGGGGAGGAGCAACAUGGCACAGGGGGGAGGAGCUUGGAGAAGAAGAGGAGGGUGGAGGAUGAAGCUCUGCAAAAGGCUGAGGAUGCCCAGGACCACUACAAAGCCUGUGAGGCCGAUGCAGGAGCCAAGAGGGCUGGUCUCGCCAGCGCCAAGAGCGAAAUCCUCACUCAAAUCCGUGAGCUGGUCUUCCAGUGUGACCUGACCCUCAAAGCCGUGACGGUGAACUGGUUUCAGAUGCUGCAGGCGCAGACUGUGUCACUGCCGCAGAAGUACCAGGCUCUGUGUGAACAGGCCAAGCUGUACGACCCGGGCCAGUGCUACUCCGAGUUUGUGCACAGCCUGCCGAAAGAACGUGUCUGGCUGGAGACUCUCUCUCAGGACAGCACGGGACCCUCCAGGACAGGUAUAUCCAUCCAUAAGAGGUCACUGAGCAGCACCAACUCUUCUCAGGGCUCCACCUCAGCAGGAGAUGCUCUCAGUGUUGAUGAGGUCAGCAGUCCUGCCCACCAACGCAUCAGCAGGAUGGCCGAUAGGAGGUCCAACAGCGCAGCAGACAUCCAAGUUGCGAAGCAACAGGGGCCCCAGCAGGCCUGGAGCUCAGGCAGUCAGGGAGGGAGUGGCGGAGGGGGCAUGUGCAGCGACUCUGAGAGCGCCGGGGGCAGCAGUGAGUCGCGCUCAGUGGACUCGCCCAUCGCCAGCCCAGGGGAUUUUAAGCGGAGGCUUCCCAGAACUCCUUCCACUGGUACCAUGUCCUCUGCAGAUGACUUGGAUGAGAGAGAACCUCCUUCCCCUUCAGACAAUGGCAUUGGUGAGAUGGUCAUAGAGGCCACCAGCUCCCCUGGCCCUUUUCGGAACACUCUGAUGUCAAAAGCCGCACACACCCACAAGCUACGCAAGCUACGUGCGCCUUCUAAAUGCCGGGAGUGCGACAGCCUGGUGGUGUUCCACGGGGCCGAAUGCGAGGAGUGUUCAUUGGCCUGUCAUAAGAAGUGUUUGGAGACCCUGGCUAUUCAGUGUGGGCACAAGAAGCUCCAGGGCAGGCUGCACCUGUUCGGGAUUGAUUUUGCACAGGUGGCCAAGAACAGUGCCGAUGGCGUGCCAUUCAUCAUCAAAAAGUGCACCUCAGAAAUCGAAAGUCGCGCUCUCAACAUCAAGGGUAUUUACCGUGUGAAUGGGGCAAAGUCUCGAGUGGAAAAGCUUUGUCAGGCGUUUGAGAACGGUAAAGACUUGGUGGAACUGUCUGACCUCCAUCCACAUGACAUUAGCAACGUGCUCAAACUUUACCUGAGACAGCUACCAGAGCCGCUGAUUCUGUACAGACAUUAUAACGAGUUCAUCGGAUUGGCUAAGGAGGCGCAGCGCCUCCUGGUGGAUGAGGUGGAUUUGGCUCAAAGCAACCCCGUGGGAGAGCAGCCCCGCCUCAGCAUCGAGCUCAACAGGGUCGUCUUCAAGAUCAGAGACCUUCUCCGGCAGCUGCCUCUGACUCAUUACAGAACCCUGCACUUCCUCAUAGCUCACUUACACAGGGUUAUGGAGCAGGCAGAGGAGAACAAGAUGACUGCAAGCAACCUGGGCAUCAUUUUCGGGCCCACGCUGAUCAAACCCAGGCAGACGGAGGCAGACGUGUCGCUCUCCUCGCUCGUCGACUACCCUUACCAGGCCUUGAUGGUGGAGCUGCUCAUCAGACACCAGCACAUGAUCUUUGACACCCCACAGAGCCCGGUGUCUCCCUUAAGCCCCACAGCGCCCAAUCACUCCCCUGCAUUCCUGCCCUGCCAUCAGCAGAGACUCAGUCUGCACUCCCAGUCCCUCGUGGACCUCAAAGAGAGCACCUGUAAGCAGCAUUCGUCCUCCUCACGUUUGCUGGAUGAUGGAAAGGAGAGAAAGGAAGAUGUGGCAGUCACUGAUGGCACAGAUAGGCUGAACGGAGAUAUGAGAGGGGUGGAGGAGGUGCAAAGGUAUGUGCUGGGCUUCGGCACUAGCAGCCGGCCAGUGCAGCUCCGCCCCCAUCGCUCCCGCUUAGUGUCAAGGCCCAUCAGCAUGCCUGUGGAUCGGCUGCUAGGCGAGCGCAAUGCUCGCCCACCGUCAUUUGAGCACCCCCCUGCCGCCAUCGAGGAAGUGACGGAGGUAGGGAAGGCGGAGGGCCGCAGCUGCUACCCCUUUAUCGACACCCAAACGCUGCGACGCACUUGGGACAAACAGUACAAACACUAUGACGUCACCCCCAGGACGGCCAUGAUCGUGGCUGGCCUCCCCCAGCCCGGUGCAGCAGACAGAACCAAAGAAACCACGAGCUCAGAGCCCAUGACGUCUUUGAAUGUGGCCAGUACCGUGUCCCACAGCGCCCCCUUCAUGGUGACCAUCAGGCCUUUCCGGACCUCGAGGCGGGACAGCGGUGCCAGUCUGGGCAGGGAUGUGCCCAUCACCUUUAGAGCACCACGCACGCUUCAGCCGCCACCGGGGACCUUCUACAAGCCCCCCACAGGCAUCCGUGCCAGGCCUCCAGACGCAGAACGAACCGUCUCAGUGACCGUCUCAACGAUUACUGUGACGUUGGCUCCACCGGUAGCCACGCUGACUGCGUCUGCAACAACCAUGGCCACGACGAGCAUUACGACUGUGUCGCCGUCAGAGAGAAGUACGCAGGUUGGGGCGGAGGCCUUGGGGGAGGUGGCAGUGAGCUCACCACCUCUGUCGCCCUCUCAGUCUCUUCCAUCCAGCCCGGAGGAGGUCAGCCUGGCCGAGGCCAAGGCCUUGCAGCAGAAACUGCGAGGAAGCCACCACUUACACCAGCAGGAGCACAGGGAAGCCCACUUUGUAUGAACUUUAAUUCUUCUCACACCUCACAGAUUUCCUGCUGGAAAGCCUAUUUUUACACAGAAGAAAAAUAUUCUGACUUUUGCACCCCUGGUGUAAAAUUUAAUAUUAAAUCUCUCAUAAAAAAAAAAUUAAGUGGUCAUUCUUAAUACUCAAAUGUUAAAGGUUUGUGACCUGCAAAGUGUGUUUGAGUUCUGCAGGAAAUAUUGUCCUAGAACUCUUGGAUCUGGUUUCCCAGACAUAGAUUAAGCCCAGAAUUGGACAAAAUUGUGAUUAAUCACUUGUAAAACAUAUAUUGUCUAGUCUAAAAUGUGAGUUUGGAAACCUUGGAUGUUUUAUGAGGUAAGCACAGGGAAUAUUUAAAUGCCUGCUUGCCAGUGGUGACCACCUUCUUUUUUAUAUAUUAAUACGUCUACAGCUCUUUGGGCCAUAUUAAGAAAAUGGUUUAAAGUGUAGAGGGGCAAAAGGUCUCUGUUCUCUGCUUUUCAGAAUUGUCCUAUUACAGUUGGGCCUUUGGGACAGCACCAAGGCUUCAGUAAAUGGUGUAGUCACUGUGUAGAGCCUGGUGGAUUUGGUGGUCUAGAAAAAUCCUCACUAGUGCAGUACUCUGAGCUGACCUGCAGCUGCUUUCCCUGUUUGGGGCUGUGCGCUGCUGUGUGAACCAACAGGCAACUACACGUCCAAAACAUUUGGCAAGCACCAUUUCCUCUGCAGCAUGUCUGUUUGUGCUGUUAUUCGUGGCAAAUGCACAGUUCCUCUCUCUGCCAUCAUGGAACCAGGAUUUGUAUGACGUUUUGAUGGAGAAAUCUCACCUUAUCUCAACUUAUCUGCUCUGGGUAUGAAAAAGCAACUGCCUAUAAGCAGUCUGUGUACAGUGAAAUGGAAUUUGUACAGAUGUAUAUAUAUUUUAUCCCAGUGUAAUCUCUGCAAUGCACUUAAAAACCUAAUGUGUCAAUAUGUAAAGUGUCUUCUAAAUGUAUUUACAUUUGUUCUUAAAGCCAACUUUUGUGAAAAGCCAGUUGCUGUGCCUCUUUACAUUUUGUUUUCUUCAAACACUGUGAUUAUAACUUUCAGCAUGAGUGAAUUUAUUUUUAAUUUUAUAAAGUUUGUGUACUUUCAUUUUGUAUGUUACAGUUCCACACAUUGCACUGACAAUACAACCAGCUCCUAAAGAAAGAAUAUGCAGUGUGUUAAAAUUAAAUGCUGUUGUAACCCGCUUUAUACAA